GUGUGUACGGCAGUGGAUCCCGCACAGACAUGGCACCACAUGUAGAAGUACUGGUUUGAUAACCUUGAUUGAUCAGCUUCAUCGUUUGAGACGAGCCUAAGAGAGCAACAUGCAGGCUGCUAUGGAUAUCACGACCAAAUACUGCCAUAAAGAAAUGGAAGCCUAUGGGUCAUGUGUGGCCUCCAACCCAUCAACAUGGCAGAACCAGUGUCAUGAACUGAAGAUGAAGGUUGCACAUUGCACAUCAUCACACCCAGUGAUCCAGAAGAUCAGACAGGACUGUUCCAAGGAGUUUGUUGAGUUUGAGCGCUGUCUCAGAGAAAACCAGGACAAACCUGCCUCCUGCUCACCACAUGUUGCUCGCUUUCUGGGCUGUGCAGAGACGGUGGACCUUAGUGAAGUGGCUACAAAUCCAGUACCUCAGCCAUCGUAGCAUUCAGCCAUCUUCCAUCACCUUCAGAUUACACCUGUCUCCACAGAAGCACAGAUGGGCUGGUUUAUAAUGUUAUGUACAGUGAGGUGUAGAUGAAUGCAACAGUACUGUGAGUUAGACAGGUUGUGUAGAGUAUUUGAUUGCUGUAUUGCUCUUUUUUAUCACUGUUUUCUCAUGUAAGUGUAAGUGUUCAUGUGAAAAUGACAUUAAUACUUGCCAGUAAGCAAGGAAGUUUGUACUGGUCUUUAUUGAGUCAUUUCAUUAAAAGUGACAUCAGACAUGUAUUAA